AUGGACGUCAACAAAUUUGUGGGAAUCGCCAACAAUGCCAUCAGUGUUGUUGAAAAGGUCAGCAACCUCGGCAGAGUCGAAGCGAAGAUGGAUGCUCUGCAAAGGAAUAUGGAAACGGCGUCAGCCAAGAAGGCUGACAUAAGUUUGGAACUAGAGCAGGAAGAGAGGAGACCGGGAAAGAAAAGGAAGACAGAAGUUCACUUGUGGAUGCAACGAGCAGGAUGGCUGGAGGAUCAAGUCCACGAGUUAGGACGAAGAGUCAGAGAGAGUCAUUUCCUUUUUCGUUUCAUGUUGGCGCAUCAGGUGCGUGCCCUUGCGACUGAAGUGGACAAAUUGUACGAGAAGGGUAGAUUUGAUAACGGUCUCACGCUGGAUGUGAAACCGGCCCGAGGCUAUGAACUUCAACCAGGUGAAUUAGUGGGACAAGCUUCUCAAACAAAAAGGGAUGAGAUCUGGGAUUGCUUGAUGAACGAAGAGGUGCUCCGAGUGGGUGUUUGGGGACAGGCGGGAGUGGGCAAAACCUUACUCGCGAAGCAUAUACAUGAUCAAAUAGUGCAAGAUUGUCCAAGGUUCGAUGGUGCUUGUUUGGUCGCUGUAUCGCAAGAAGGCACUGUUGGUACGAUACAAACUGAUAUUGUGAACUAUCUCGAACUAGAUUUGACGGGGGCGAGCGCUGUUUACUGGGGCGCAAGACUGAAGGGGGCAUUGCAGGGUAGGAAACUCCUCCUUAUCUUGGAUGAUGUUGGGAAACCUUACUCUCUGGAAGAAGUGGGUAUAGCCCUCGAGAGAAAUGGAUGCAAAAUGAUUGUGACAUCACGAUCGAGGGAGGUGUGCGAGCAAAUGGAUUGCCACGAGCUUGUCCAUGUACCAACUCCUCCCGAGGAGAUCCCUCACGGGCUGGAAGAAGUAUCAAAACUAGAAUCAGAGGGGUUGGGCAUGUUGGAAGAGGGACGGUGGGGGUCUGAGGCCGUUGACGAAUUCGUCUGGGGACGUUAAGAGGGGCACGAUCAUCUGUGAUUCCAUUAACCAACUCGGGAUCUGCAGAUGUUUCAAGUUAGAGAGGAUUUUACAAGCACCUCUCUUCGCAU